AUGGAGUUUCCAGCCUUUGGCGAUGCGUCAGAGACAGCUGAUGUGUUCAACUUCAUUGAGCAAGCCGAUAAUUAUCUGGAGAUCAGACCACUGACCAGCCCAGAGCUGCUAGGAACCCUCGGCACGGUUCUACGAGGACCUGCUCUGAGUUGGUGGAAGGCGAAGAAAGGAAGAAAAAUAUCUCAGGAGAUUAAUUUUGAAAUGAACUUGAGCCAAACUCUGACAUUGGACAUCAUUCCGCUUUGCUAUGAAUUUUUAAACAGUUCCUGCGCAAAAUUCUCUUACCCUUUUCUUUUAAAAGUGUUGCUUUAUGUGUUUUUUAGCAUUGUGGUGAUUUUAACAGUAUUUGGAAACUUUUUUGUCAUUUUGAGCAUUGUUCAUUUUAAACAGCUCCACAUGCCAACAAAUUAUCUUGUUCUGUCUCUGGCUGUAACAGACCUGUUGUUAGGAGGAUUUGUUAUGCCUCCAAAUGCAAUUCGAUCAGUAGAGACUUGCUGGUAUUUUGGGACAUUAUUCUAUCGAUAUUAUGCUGUGUGUAAACCAUUGUUAUAUCGGACAAUAAUUACACCUUUUAUCACACUGAUUAUGAUUUGCAUUUGUUGGAGUAUUUCAUUUACAGUUGGAUUUGGAGGAAUUUUUUUUGGUCUUAACAUCCUAGUUACUGAAAAUUUUCAUAAUGAAGGCUGUGAAGGUGGUUGUGUUUUACUCCAAAGUGCCGCCUCCAGCACAGCUUCCUCAUUGCUUGUCUUUUAUUUUCCAGGUAUCAUAAUGAUUAGCAUUUAUACAAAAAUAUUCUGUGUUGCAAAAAAACAAGUUAAAUCAAUUCAGGUCUCAAAAAAUAAAGCACAAUUGAUAAUAAGCAAAGAUGAGAAAAAGGCAACAAAAACUCUGGCAUUGGUUAUGGGAGUGUUUCUCUCACUUUGGACUCCAUUUUUUAUUUGCAAUAUUAUUGAUCCUUUUACUGGUUUCUUGAUUCCUCAUGUAUUGUUUGAAAUGAUGGGUUGGAUUGGAUAUUUAAAUUCAACCUGUAAUCCGAUUGUGUAUGCUUUUUUUUACAAGUGGUUUAGAAAAGCACUAAGAACUAUUUUAUCCGGCAAAAUAUUUCAUUCAGGUUCUUCAAGAAUUAAUCUUUUUUCAUACUGA